AUCCACAAAGCGAGCACUACACCUCAUAGCACAUCCACAUCUCAUCAGAUUUCUAGCUGAAAAUCACCAAGAUCAAGAAUCAACCAUGAUCAGUGCUAGGAGACUUGCUCAGCCGGCCAAGAAGUGGCAGAGGAUGGUAACACUUGGAAGGAAGAGGCUCGCGAUGAAAGCCAAGGAGAAUGAGGAGGAAUGCUGCACUUCUGUGGCAGGCAAGGGCCACUGUGUCAUGUACACAACAGAAGGAAGCCGAUUCGAGGUCCCGUUGGCGUACCUCGGCACUGUGGUCUUCACUGAGCUCCUCAGGAUGUCCCAGGAGGAGUUUGGGUUCACGAGUGAUGGCAGGAUCAUGCUGCCUUGCGAUGCUGCAGUGAUGGAGUACGCCAUGUUCUUGCUCAAGAGAGAUGCCUCAGUUGAGGUGGAGGAAGCAUUGCUGAGCUCCAUGGUGGCAACUUGCCACUCCUCUGGCUGUGUGGCGUCAACUGUUGGAGUCAACCGGCAAAUUUCUUGCCUGUAGCUUUUCUUGGAGAGCCCAAGUUUUCUCCGAUCCUGUAGUUGUGUAGUUGUAUUUUGUUCUGUAGUUAGAUGUAGUGAGAUAGAAAGAGGAAGAUUGCCAUGUUAAGCAUUUGGAUCUUGCAAGCAAUCAAAAGAAAACGGCCAGCCAACAUAUGCUGCCAUUCCCGCCUUAAAUUGAUGUUGCGUAGAGGACUUCAAUAUUCGAUCUGCAGUUUUGUGAUACUUGGAUUUAAAUCUGUAGUAUUAUA